AUGGAAGUUAACCCGUUUGGUCAAGCGACGAAAUGGCUCAAUCCGUUCCUCCCGGCGACAUCCAGACCCAGCCCAACACCAAGAUCGUCUUCAAUGCCCCCGUACGACGACAAGCACACCUACCACAUCAAGGUAUCAUUGGCGCCUUGAGCUCGAGCUUGUGACUUGAGUUUUGAGUUCGAGCUUGAGUCCUGAGCUUGAGCUUGGUCCUAUAGAAACUAAUUCGUUUCUGUAGCUUGAUCUUGAAGCUUAAAUUUACAGUUUUGAGCUUUGAGGAUCUUUCAAACUUUAUGUUGGAAUCAACAAGUUUUUUCAUCUUGUAGGUGAUCAACUCGUCGGCCCGCCGCAUUGGCUACGGAAUCAAGACGACGAACAUGAAGCGUCUGGGCGUCGACCCGCCGUGCGGAGUCCUCGACCCCAAGGAGGCCGUCCUGCUCGCCGUCUCUUGCGACGCUUUCGCCUACGGACAGGAGGUAUCUACAGUACUCUGUUGAAAGACAGUGACCAAUCGCUUUAGGACACGAACAACGACCGCAUCACGAUCGAGUGGACCAACACGCCCGACGGCGCCGCCAAGCAGUUCCGACGUGAAUGGUUCCAAGGCGACGGCAUGGUCCGCAGGAAGAACCUGCCCAUCGAAUACAACCCUUGA